AGUGAAGAUGGAGACUGGCGUUUGGCGUCUUCUGUUAUCCCUUCUUCUGUUGUCUGAAGUGCUGCUCAAUGUGCACACCGAGGAGGUAGGUGAAGAAGAGGAUGGAGCCACUGAGACAUGGACGGCAACAUCUUGCAAAUGCAACUGUGACGACGGGGUCCCUACGGAGCUCCCGACUUACUCCGUUCCAGCCCCAACGGUCACCACCCCUGCCCUCCCCACGCCCCACAGUAGACUGCUGGAUUGCAUGCCAGAGUGCCCCUAUCACAGACCACUGGGGUUUGAAUCUGGAUUUGUGACCUUCAACCAGAUCAGCUGCUCCAACGAGGACCAGUACACUGGGUGGUACUCCUCCUGGCUGCCGAACAAGGCCCGUCUCAACAGCCAGGGUUUUGGGUGUGCCUGGCUCUCCAAAUUCCAGGACAGCAACCAGUGGCUCCAGAUCGACCUGAAGGAGGUGAGCGCGGUGUCCGGAAUCCUGACCCAGGGCCGCUGUGAUGCCGAUGAGUGGGUGACCAAGUAUAGCAUUCAGUAUCGAAGCAACGAGAACCUCAACUGGAUCUACUACAAAGACCAGACUGGGAACAACAGGGUUUUCUACGGAAACUCGGACCGAUCCUCGACCGUGCAGAACCUGCUGCGCCCGCCCAUCGUGGCGCGCUACAUUCGGCUGCUGCCGCUGGGCUGGCACACACGCAUCGCCCUGCGCAUGGAGCUGCUUAUGUGCAUGAACAAGUGCGCCUCGCUCUGA